UACUAUGCAGCUGCUUUGUGCCUGGGUACUGCGGUAUGCUGCCUCCAUCCUUCAAAGGAGAAUAUUACGUGGAUGGGGGAUUCAGCUGCAUGCAGCCAGUGCCGCAUGCGCAGGCUGCACCGUGCGGUCAAACGCUGACGGUGUCUCCGUUCUCUGGAGAGAUGGACAUCUGUCCCUCCGACACACCAUGCAUGUGGGACAUGGUGGUGAGUGGCAGCACCUUGAAGGGAAACAUGGCCAACAGCAUCAGAAUCGUUAACGCUCUCUACCCUUUUGCUUUAGAGACUCUGGAACAAGCCUACCACAACGGCUACAAGGACGCCACUCAUUUCCUUCAGAGCAACGUUGUCUCGUGUUUGAUGAUACACAAAGAGCCCCAAGGGCUUCUUAACUGUAACCGGACAUGGAUGAAUCUAGAGACCGCCAUAAAGGAAGAGGAGGAGAGGGAGGUGGAAAAUGAGGCCGCCGCACUGACAACUUUUAUAACCGAUGGUUGUGUGCAGAAAGGCAGCCCCGACAAGGGGGAACUGUACAAAAAUCCAACAAUCAAAGAACCUCUCCCCGAUUUCGACGUCAUUAAGAAUGUCCUGCUGGGAAACGUUGUGACCUAUCUGAGCAUGUUUGGACUCCCUGCAAGAAUAUUAUCCCCCCUGCUCCUUCCUCUCAUGCUGUCGUUUUACACAGUUCUCCACAGUAGGCACAGACUGGAGUUGUUAUUCCGGCAGGUUCCUGAGUUCGCAUUCUGGGCUUGGCACGGACUGAGACAUUUUACGUUAUUCUUUUUCAACAUAUGUGUCUCUACCAUCAAGAAGAACAUAGAAGACAGGGUGAUGCCCUCCAUCUUGCUGUGGCAGUGGCUGAUAAAAGCUCAAUUUGAAAUGCUCAACUCCUCAAUAUAACCUCCUUUUUUUCCGAUGUCGUUCACAGGGAAAGAGUAUACUAAAACGGUAGAGAGGGCCGAUGAUUUCAUUUGUUUAGUUCACCCAGCAGAAAUAUUAAACACUGUAUUCUUUGAAUAGCUGGUAUUUAGUCACAUUAAACUUUUUUGAGUGCAUGUUGCACUUAGAGAGAACAAUGAAAUGUUUUGUUUGAUUUAAAAGGGGCUUUAUUUAUUAUGUGAUGGCUCCUCCAAUCCACUAGGUGGCCCUGUGUCCUAUUGCCUGCCUCUUUUAUCAUACAUAUAAAAGUGUAGUUUAGGGGUUAGUGUUCUCUUUCUUCUGUGCCGGCUGCUUUUGAUUUUGUAAUAACUUACAUUACUGAAUAGUCAUUUCUCGCUUCUGUUGUGCUGUCUGGUUAUUUUGUAAAUAAACUUGUAUUUAUUUCCUUG